AGUUGGGAGAACGGAAACCCAUUUAUAAAAGGGGGAUUUCUUCUUUACUGUAUUUCUCAUACGCUUCUCUCUCUCUCUCUCUCUCUCUCUCAUUCUUGUUUUUGGCGAAUUCCGAUUCCAAGUCUUCUGAAAUGGCGUCUCCUUUGAGGCCUCUAAAGAGAGCGAAAGGAUCGGGUAGGGGUUCAGGGUCAGCAUCAAGGUCUCAAAAGAAAAACAAUGGAGGAUUUUAUGGCAAUCCUUUUGCGGAUCCUGAUCAACCUAUUCUCAAUGUGCAACCACUAAACUCUGUGCCAUUUACGGGUACUUUGCCUGAAGAUCCAUUAGCAAUGGAUUUUGAUGAUGUUAAAGAGGAAAGUGAACCUGCGAUGAUCUUCUUACCCUCUGAGCCAACAGAAGCCCAGCUGAGGGAGAUCGUGGCUGCAGGGCAUGGAUUUGGCGUAACAGGAACGGCCAUGAGAAGCAAGGUCGGUCCCUCGAUAGGCAUGAUGGACAUUAGAGAAGAUGCUGACACAUACUACUUUCGUGUCUCUCUCCCGGGUGUCGCCACAACUUCGGAUCCAAUGCCAAGUUUAUAUAUUCAAACGAAUGGGAAAGCGACAAUCAAGGGAGUUAGUUCAACAGGUAAGAAAAACAUCCAUGUGGGUCCUCGAGUUUUCAAGAUGAACUCAAACAACCUCUGUCCACCUGGCCCAAUCGAGCUCUCUUUUGUCCUGCCUGGCCCAAUCGAGUCUGGGCAAUUUUUGGGAACAUUUGAAAAAGAUGGUAUGUUGGAGGGAUUUGCUAAGAAGAAGAAGCAGGAUGAAUAAUCUCAGCGCCUGUAGUAAUAUUUCUCUCUUUUAGUAAGAACUGGUACUCUCUUUUACUUUUUCUUUCCUGUUGUAUAAAUUAGUUACUUUUUUUCCUGGGAUUUUGUCAUAGAAAUGUUGUCUUUUUAUUUUUGCAAACAUUAAUGUUAAAGUCCAAAUUGCUAGUUGUAUUAGAGAACUA